UUUUCUGAUUUUUCUCUAUCCAAAUCUGAGAAGAACGUUCCGAUUCCGCUUCCGAAUUAACUGAGUCAAAUCGCCGUGUCAACAACCAUGACUGGAACUGACGUCUCCACCGCCAAGGCCAAGAAGGCGAGAUCGCCGCCCGCUCACCCGCCGUUCGUCGAGAUGAUCACGGCGGCGAUUGUGUCGUUGAAGGAUAGGACCGGAUCGAGCCAGUAUGCGAUCACCAAGUUCGUGGAGGAGGAGCACAAGAAUCUGCCGCCGACCUUCAAGAAGCUUCUGCUCAACCAUUUGAAGAAGCUCGUGGCCGCCGGAAAGCUCGUCAAGGUGAAGAACUCGUUCAAGCUGCCUCCCGUUCGCUCCGCUGCUCCGGCGAAAGAGAAGGCAGCGGCCGCGGCGCCGAAGCCUAAGAAGUCGGCCACGGUGGUCGCUAAGCCGAAGUCCAAAACGGCUGCGAAGCCCAAAGCGAAAGCGGUAGCUUCUAAGCCUAAGCCGGCGGCUGCGAAGCCAAAGGUGAAGGCGAUUGCUGCCUUGGCGAAACCUGCUGCCAAGGCUGCGAGAACAUCGACAAGGACGUCGCCGGGGAAGAAGGCGGAGGUGAAGUCUAAGGCGAAGGCGAAGAAGCCGGUGGCUCCGGCCAGGGCUGUGAGGAAGCCGAAGAGUGUGAAGUCGCCGGUGAAGAGGAAGGCUCCGGCGAGGAAGGCGAAGAAGUGAGAGUCUUAGAAACUGCCCCGGUCGGUUUCGUUUCUCGAGAGGGGUAGUUUGUGUAAAUUUGUCUGGGGAGUGAGGGGAGUUUCGGAAUGAAAAAACAAGUCGGGUUGUUACGUUUCGGAGAAGGGUAGUUUGUGUAAAUUUGUGUGGGCAGUGAGGGUAGUUUGGGAAUGAAGAAACAGUUUGUUGACACAGAAUUUGUAGGGUUUUAUUUUCCAAGUUUUUUUUUUUCCCAACAACUGUGGCGGUUGUUAUUUGGUAACUCUUUUCUGUAUUAAGAAUUUAGAGGAUGAAUGGAGAUGCUUAUUGAUAACCAAAA